AUGAAUACUGGUGAGGGUGUCUCGGCUCAAGAGAUAGAUUACGAAUCUUUGCCGGCAAACGCUCCCCUGUGGACGCAGCUUAUCGCGGGAGCGUUUGCGGGCAUCAUGGAGCAUGCUGUGAUGUUCCCCAUAGAUGCCCUGAAGACGCGAAUACAGUCAGCCAACGGCGGUUCCAAUGCGCCCACUGGCUUGCUGUCGCAAAUCUCCAAGAUAUCAACAGCGGAGGGCUCAAUGGCGUUGUGGAAAGGUGUCCAGUCUGUAAUUUUGGGUGCUGGACCCGCUCAUGCGGUUUAUUUUGCAACCUAUGAGUUUGCCAAGUCGCAAUUAAUUGAUCCGCAGGACUACAGUACGCAUCAGCCGUUGAAGACUGCUAUCAGUGGGAUAUGCGCCACCAUCGCAGCAGACGCAUUGAUGAAUCCAUUUGAUACCAUCAAACAGAGGAUGCAAUUGAACACAUCCUCGACAAUGAACAACGUCGCCAGACAAAUCUAUGAACGAGAAGGAAUCAUGGCUUUUUUCUAUUCGUAUCCCACAACAAUCGCGAUGAACAUACCAUUUGCUACAUUUAAUUUCGUUAUUUACGAAUCAUCAGUGAAGUAUUUCAAUCCAUCAAAUGACUACAAUCCCCUCAUACAUUGUCUUUGCGGUGGCAUAAGCGGCGCAACAUGUGCAGCAAUAACUACACCGCUGGACUGUAUAAAGACGGUACUACAGGUGAGGGGUAGUGAGUCUGUCUCUUUACCGAUAUUCAAGCAAGCCGAUACGUUUUCCAAGGCAACAAGGGCAAUAUUAAAGGUACAUGGCUGGAAUGGCUUCUGGAGGGGGCUGAAGCCGAGAGUCAUUGCUAAUAUGCCAGCAACUGCAAUUUCUUGGACUGCGUAUGAAUGCGCGAAGCACUUUUUUUUAACUAACGGAAAGAUAGCUUGA